AGCUUUAGUUCGUCUCUAUGGAAAGAAAAAUCAGAGCAAGAAAACAAAGCAAUCAUUAAUUCAAGAAUCAUAGGAAACAGAAGAUGAAGAGAAUUCCUCGUAUCAAAUUUCCUCAGAGACACUCUACUUCUUCCUCCUCUGCUAUUUCAUCAGGCUCUGGACCGGUGCCGGGAUCAGUUGCCGGCGGCAAGAAGAAUGUGACGGCGAGUUCGGAUGUUCCGGCGGCUCCGAAGAACACUGCUGAUGGAGGAAAAGCAUCUCUUCAGCCGAAACGCACACCUGUCUCCGACAAGGAAAUUGAAUCCAUAAUGUUGGGUGGUUGCAUCUGACAUUCCUGUAUUUGAAGAUAUGAUCGACACUUUGGGUUCUAUCUCUUUUCGGCUGGUGAAGUUUAUUAUUAUAUGCUUUUUUUCCUUUUUCUUUUCUUCUUUUAAUGUAAAGAAAGAAAGAACUAAUAAUGUAGAGAGAUGAUUUUGUAUGAAUGAUGCUCUUUCUCGUUGUCAAAAAAGGCCGUCCUAGUUUCUACAUUA